AUGGUUGACUCAUCCCUACCAUACGGUCAAGAGAAGCUCGCGGCGGAGAAGAAGAAAGGCGCUGCGAAGAGAGCUUCUUCCAUUGCCUUCAACAACGAGCAACACCAGCCAGGCGCAGCUCAGCGCGAACAGGACGACCAAACGUCCAGCCCCAUCAAGAAGCGCAAGCGCACUCCGUCGCGCAAAGUUGCAGAGUCCAUGAACGCGCCACCAACAACUGCUCCUGUCGCCCCAAUGACUGCGAGCAGCCAUGACUCUGAAGAUCAAGACAUACCGCGUGAAGGUCGCCUUGGAGGUCUUAUGGCACAGUUGAAUGCCGCGUACCAGACGGUCCAGACCGAGCAGCAGGAAGCUAUCAUUCUGGUUCGGAACCUCAAGCGCGAGAACAAGGAGCUGGAGGAUAAGGUUGAGGCCUUGGAGCGCGGGGCAAAGGAUACGGAGAAGACUAUGAUCAACAUCGCCGACCUCCAGCAAGCUGUCAACGAGAGGGACGAGGCCCUUGCGAAGCUCGAGAGCGACAACGAGGAGAUUCACAAGGCAAAGGCGAAGAUGAAAGACGACCACGACGAGGCCAUGGGAAAGAUGAAGAGCGACUACGAGGAUACCAUGGAGGAGAUGAAGAAGGCUCAGAGUGAUCUCGCUGCCAUACGUGUGACGCUGAAGUCUUUCGUAGGUUGGUUCGCUGGGAGCACCGCAGAGGCAAUCGAGCGGAUCACAAAGAUGUUGGCCUAG